AUGAAAGCACGGGAUAUUGCUUCUGCUGUGCAUUUAUCUGAUGAAGUAUUAGUUGUUGUGAGGCUAGGCUCUUUUCAUACUCUAAAAGAAGCUCUAUCUACCAUAUAUGCUGAAAAUACAAUUGAUUACAUGGCAUCUGGACAUGCUUAUGCUAGAGCUUUUUGUUUUGGAUCAGGAGUAGAAGAAGUGUAUAGUGAAAGGGACAGAUGUUUGCAGGAAAUAGCAGAUAUGUGUGCGGAUUUAACUUUGGCACCUCCUCCGAAAAAGAGGCGAACUGUUUCUAAGGAGAAGCAAAUAAUUGAAUUGGGUCGAAAAAUGAGGGAUAAUCAUUCCUCAGUAUACCUAGAAAUUAUUUUAUCAGAACAUCGAGGUGAAGAGGUAAUUGUAGACAAUGUGGUGGCCGAAGAAGUAGAGUCAACGCAAAAUACACCAUGUAUUCCAAGAACUUUAGAUAAGGCAGAAGAUAAUAAAAAACAAAUAAUGGAUAUGUUUAUUUAUCCAAAGUGUGUAAUAAAAUAA